CUACACAUGCGGCUAUAACUACUCUCACCGCUUCGUCACAGAUGUAGAGGGCGUGGGGUGUCCAUCUUGCAUCAAUAAAAUGACCGCUGAGGUUGUCUAUGUUAGGCCUAAAGUGGUAGCGUCGGGAUCGGACGGUGGAGGUGGUUGCGUUAAGGGUGCGGUGACUUAUACGGUGAUGGAUGAUUUGGCUGUGAAGCCCAUGUCUACCAUAUCAGGCAUUGCUUCACUAACCAAGUUACAAGUUGAGGAUGUAAGUGCGCUCGAGGAGAAGGUUGUGGAAGUGGGGUUCGAUGAGGCUUUGGCUCUCUUAAAGGCUUCCUUGGAGUCGAAGACAGCACUCAAUGACAUCUUUGGAGCAAAGUCGGAGAAAGUGCUUGUGGUGUAGAUAUAUUGCAACAUUAUCACCAAGCAUCUCCUACUGUAAAUUGGUGUUGUGUGGGAAUCUCAUGCACAUUUUCUA